AUGACAAAGGAGUUCGAUAUGAUGGAUAUUGGCAUAAUGUCCUACUAUCUUGGGAUUGAAGUAAAGCAACAAGAUGAUGGCAUAUUUAUUUCUCAAAAAGGAUAUACUAAAGAAGUUCUCAAGAAGUUUGAUAUGAAAAAUUGUAAGCUGGUUGGGACACCAGUGGAAUGCGGAAUCAAGCCACACAUGAAUCAAGAUGAUGAAAAAGUUGAUCCAACUUUAUUCAAGAGUCUUGUUGGAAGCUUGAGGUAUCUAACCUAUACUGGACCGGAUAUUCUUUUUGGCGUUGGACUUGUGAGUCGUUACAUGAAAGCUCAUAUUACUACACAUUUGAGAAUUGCCAAAAGAAUUCUUCGCUACAUUAAAGGUACAAUUAAUUAUGGUAUCCCAUAUGCUUUCUCGGACAACUUUAAACUUAUUGGCUAUUGUGAUAGUGAUUGGGCCGGUGAUAUUGAUAGUCGAAAAAGUACUACUGGGGUUGUUUUCUUUAUGGGAAAUUUGUUGGGACCCUGA